AUGAAGGAUGAGGUCACAGGCCGGAAGGGCUCUGUGCAGCCUAGAAUGUCUGAUGCCGCGUUGAGCUUUUAUCUCCAUGUCGAUGACUCACGGUUGGAAAGCAAGUUUGCCGUUGCCGCGGAACCCGCGUGGAUAAUAAAGCAAAACAUGCUUCCGUCGCGUUUUCAGCAAUACUCAGCCCUGAACUCCAGCUUAGACGCGAGCGGCAGCGAAGCUUCAACCGGAUCACUGUCUGCAAUGGGCGACAACCAGCAGGGAAGCACGAUUCUGUCGAAUGACUCAUCGGGCGACGUUUCGUGCUCUUCAGAAAUGGCGUUGGUCACGGAGGAUCCGCCUGAGAAUGAUCCCGAUCACGUGAGAACCGGCAGAUCGGGUCAUUCCAUGUCACGUAAUAUGUCUGCCGUCAGAGGCUUGUUCCAGUUGACCAAUUCUUCGGACUCGUCUUCCGAACGCUCUUCAACUUCCGAAUCUUCGUCGUCCGAUGAUUCGACUUCGAGCCGAGAAGUGACCUAUGAGAAAAUCCCGAUCACCAUCAGUUCGCCCAACUCGAAAACCGCGGCUGAUUUCGGGAAAGCGUUUGCUGCUGCUGCUAAUAGUAGCAAAGCAUUGACCAGAUCCGAAUCCAGCAGAACUCUGCAAAGGAUGGAUGUUCUGGAUAUCCCGCCGGAUGUGAUCGCUGAACAACUCACUCUGAUGGAUUUCAGCUUGUAUCGAGAGAUUACCGGAGAUGAACUGUACUCGUGUGGAUGGGCAGAUCAAAAGUACAAGCAUGCGAAGGCCCCGAACGUUAUGAAUUUCAUCGAACGGUUCAAUCAAACUGCGUAUUGGGUAUCCGUUGAGAUUUUGGAACGACAGAACCCGGAAAUGCGAGCAAAAGUCAUCUGUCAUCUACUGAAAACUUGCAGGCAUCUGAAAACCCUGCAAAAUUUGAACUCUGAGGCAGCCCUUGUUUCCGCAUUGAGAAACGCAGCUAUUUACCGUUUGUACAAAACCUGGGCUUUGGUCCCCACGAAGGAGAAGGACUACUUGUCCCGUCGUUCGGAAUUCCUCUUGGAGAAGGGGCAGUUCCGCGUGUUUCUAGAAGGGGCUGCACCCCCUUGCGUACCUUUUCUGGGUCCUUUCUUGACCGAACUGAUCACUGUCGAAGAGGCCUACCGAGAUGCGGACGGAUCGAACUGUGCCAGCGUGGAGAGUAGGAAGCGAAAGAUGGACGAUGUUUUGCACGGU